UGUGUGUGUGUGUGUGUGUGUGCACAGCUCUGGUGGAACCGAGUAGCCUCAUUGGCUGAGAGCCUCUGGCCUUUUGGUUUGUGAAAAAUUAAAUGCCAUGGGUUGUUUUGCUAUGAUUGAGCAGAUAACCACUUCCAGAUGUGCUCCAUAUGGCCUCCCUUAUAUAUAAAGUGACCUGUGCUGUCUGGCCCGGUCAGAGCACUCGGGGGAUGGAAGUGAUAACUGAUUUAUUUGCUUUGUCUCAGUAACAAAUGAAUCCUCAUUGUGACAAAAAGGCAGAGCUUCGGUUUGUAUUUCAAACCGGCACUGAUGCACCGUGAACCUCAGAACAAGGACAAACUUCUCUUUUACGAGGCUAUUGUGAAUGUUAGAAUAUGAAAUGCUGCCAUCUGCUGGUCGUGUAACUGCUCAUCUUGUUUCAAACAGUAGACUGAAGAAAUGUGUACGCGAAAAAGGGAUCACAGUAUUACAUAAAAAUCAUGAUAUUUAUAGAUAUACAUUUAUAGAUAUAUUUCCUCUUGGUUUUGGUUUCUUCUUCACUUGUCUGAAAUGUGUUUCCAUAAUAGAGUAAAAAAGACAAAUAGAAAAACGGUUUAGAAAAUAAGGAAUUGAGAAAUAAUACACUCUUCCAACCAACAGGUGUCGCUGCUAAUUUCUGUGUUCGCCUUUCCACUCUGAGAUGAACCUUCUUGCUCGCCGUCGACAGUUUGAAUAAACUUUAUUGGCAGCGGGCUAAAUUCAGUGAUAUGUCAAACAUGGGGGCACGGGUAGCGCGUAUGUUCCGAAAUUUCAACCUAGAAAACCGCGUACACCGAGAAAUCUCCAAGGAAAAGCCGCGAGCAGCACCCCGAUACGAGGCCAACCUCCCGCCCUCCGCCGGCAGCUCUGAGGCGGUGGAGACGGCGGACUCAAUCAGCCAGAAGAACGACCCUCUGCUGACCCUCCUGAAGUCCGUGUAUGUGGAGUCGAAAGAUCCGGCAGAGGACUCAAAGGACGUGACGGCGGGUGACGAGGCGGAGCGGCGGCCGCUGAGGUUCAGUCUACCGGGGGAACCGUACGGCCUGGUGGAGCUCAAAGAUGUUCCCAAAGGCAAGCUGACCAUCGUCGAGGCCCUGAAGGCCCUGGGCAGCCACCAGCGUCAGCCUGAGACAUGGACGCCGGGAAAGAUCGCUCAGGAAUAUUCUCUGGACUUGAAAGACACAAAAGCUCUUCUGGAGUUCUUCGUCCCCUUCCAGGUUCACAUCAUACCACCCAAGACUGACAGUGCCAAGCAGAUAAAGGCUUCGUAGGACUGGGUUGUAGGUGAAUGGCAGUCAUAUUAGACAAAAUAUGACCCGACUUAUUUAUGUGCGUCAAUACAUUGCAUUGUGAGAGCGACAUGACUGUAACUGAUUGAGUUUCUCAAGCCUCAAGUUUGUACCCAAUGUAGGGUUUAUGUAGAUGGCUUCAUGGGAUGCUGUAUGUCUAUAAGUUUGAGUUAUUGAUCUAUAGCAAACAAAGAAAUGAAUAAAUAAGUACCAGUAUUUUAUUUAAAACAUUUCGUCUUCGUAGUGCCUUUGAUGAUUCCUCUAUGAUAAAAUACAAUGGUGUUCAUACUCAAGAUCCCACAUUUUGAAAGAGCUAGAGGUCCAAAACCUGGUUUGAAGGAAUAGUUCCACAUUUUGGGAGGAGAGUGAGAACGAAAUCUCAUGUCUGUGUGUACGGCACUGGAGCCAGAAUGGGGUUAGCCUAGCUUAGCAUAAAACUAGAAGAAGAAAAAAUGGUUGCAUCCCGUAACUUCCUCUAAAACGGCAAAUUAUCAUUUUUACAGUUGUGUUUUUGUCCAGAGGAAACAAAUAAGAUAUCAGGUUAAAAUGAGCUUUAGAGGUGUUUGUAGGUGUAUUUUUUUUAAACUUUGGACAGAACCAGGCUAGUUGUUUCCCCCUGCGUCCAGUCGUUAUGCUAUGCAAAGCUAAGCUACCAAUGUCCUAACUCCAGCUCUGUACUGUUGCCCUCGUCACUCAGAAAGAAACGCGUACUACCAAACUUUUUAAACUAUUGCUCCAUGGUGAAGACCACAGACUAUAUAGCAGCAUAUCUGCCAAGCCCCAAAACUAUUUUACAUAUCAUACAGCUGUUUAUUUUAACAAAAGUAGAAGAUACUUUGAAGCUGUUGGCAUCAGCAUGCUUGUUUAUCAGUUAUUAAUUCAACUAUGCAGUCUUGUGUUUGUUAGGUUUGUCUAAUUUCUGAUCCAAUCCAUGUGUAACUAAACCCCAGAGUUUUGGCUGAAGUUCCCUUUGUGUUUGUGUCGUUUCCCACACAGCCGCCCGACAGUAACGUCUCUUACAGGCUGACACAGACAGCAUUGUUACUCCACUGUGGCUUCCAAUGGUAGAUUUAUAUUAGAUAUCCUGGACUGGGUUUUGGAUAAAGAAAGAAAAUAAGGUCGGUAGCUAACAAAAGACUGAUUACUUUUCCACCACGCAUUCAAUUAAGUGGUAGGCAUACAGUGGCCUGUGGGCCAAAUCUGGCCUGUUGGCAAACAUACUGGCCUCCUUGACACAAGCUGAAAUUUAGAUCAUCGGUUAUAGAAAUCCAAGAUAACAAAAGCCAUUAAAGAUUUACAUAUAAUCAAGUACAAUGCUUCCUUCUGUCACAUGUCAAGAUAGAUAGAUAGAUAGAUAGAUAGAUAUAUCUAUCUAUCUAUCUAUCUUGUCCCACAGAGACAUUUAUUGAUGUUAUUUCAGGUGUUGCAUCCCUUGUUUAAAGUGGUUAUAAUGGGUUCUGUCAAUUAUUAAUACCGUUGACUCUGAAGUCAUUUGGAGUCAACCAAGUCCCAAUUCUGCACUGUAACCAGUAACCAUCAAUGUUGUGCUUGAAUCAUAUUAAAAUAAUGUU